AUGCUUGAAAUAGCUGAUGAAGUGUUUAGUGAAGAAUCUGAUAACACAGAAAUAUGUAUUGAAGUGAUACACCUACACCAAUUUUUAUCUAUUAGAUUAAUAUCAUGUUUUCGUUUAGAUGAUAAUGAAAAUAAAAAUACUAAUAGCAAUUUAAUAUCAACGACGGAUAUUAUUGAUGAGCCAUUGUUUGUUGUCCUUGAUGAUGAUAAUAGUGAUGAUGGUGACGAUGAUAAAUCUGAAUUUGUCGAUUUAACGACAACAACAACAACAACAGUAUCAAAGAUAAAUUCAAAUAAUAUUUUAUUAAAUGAUAAAAAAGAACAAGAAAUUAUUUCAGAAAGAAUUUCAACGGAAGGUAAUAUUUUAUUGUUACAAAACAAUGAAAAAAAAACAACUUUCGAUUUUUUCGAUAAAUAUUCAGGUGAACAAUUAAAAAUAGAAACUAAAGAUUUCAUUAACUCUUCUGCAAGUGAAUCAAAAACUAGAUCAAAAAUUUUUCGUCAUUCUUCACAAACUUCGAACAAAUUAGCAAAAUCAAAUAGAUCUAAUCGAAAUAUUACUGUAGAUACAAAUUUUAUGCGACAAAAACCUCUUCAGCAACAACGAAUUAAACCCCUAUCUAAACGUAAAAAAAUGCCUGCAUCUAAUGCAUUUGACAAUCAUAAAGAUUUUUCUAUUGAUGAUAAUCCUAUUGAUUGUAUUCUAUCAUAUAUUUCAUUUGAAGCAUCUACUAUAUUAACUAUCUCACGUAUGGGUUCAAUAUAUUAUUGUGUUGAAGAUCUUUAUAUAAAAGUAUUUUCAUCUUUAUGUACAUUCGAUGAAUUUAUAUAUUUAUUGGAAGGAAUUGAUAGAAAUGUUCUUAAAACAGUAACAUUAUCGGAAAAAAUCUCUAUUGAACAACAAAAUUCUCUAUUAAAAGCAUUUAAUCGUACGCGUUAUCAUCUUUUGUCAAUAAAUUUCUUCGAUUAUUUAACUAAAUUAAAACAAUUAUUAAAUAAAUGUGACAAAUCUCUGGAAAAAAUCAUUCAAGAAAUGCCUUAUUAUAAACAAACAUCAACGUCUAUUCCGUUAAACAACAAAAUUUCACCAUCAUCAGUAUCUACAGAACGUAUGGAAACUAAUAAUGAUGAUAAACAAUGUCAACAUUUACCAACUUCUCCAAAGAAAAAACAAUCAAAUGAAUCGUCUCAAUUUGGAACUUUUAUUCCAUAUAAUAAUCUUGAUAAGUGUAAUAGAAAUUCAACAAAUGAAACAUCAUCAUCAAUGUCUAUUUCAAAUAUUUAUUCAAAAAUUAUACCGAAAUCUGCAUUAAUAAAAAAAAACAAUGAUGAUAAUAAUAAUAAAUUUCAAUCAGAACAAAAUUCGCAUAAUAAUUUAAUACGACAUUCACGUAAUAAAUCUGAAAAAUAUUCAUCUUCAUCAAUUCCAAAUACUUCAUUAAAGCGACGUAUUCUUGAUUCAUUUAAUAGUAAUACAAAUCCUUUAUCUAUACCGGCAAAUUCUUUUUUAAUAUCACCAACAACUAGUUUAUUACGUCAUUUACAUCGUUCAAAAUCUUUGAUACAUAAUAAAAAACCAAUUAAAAGACUUUCUUCUCGUUCAUGUAGUUUACCAUCAGUUAAAUUUCAUAUAAAAGAUAAUAUUAUGUUAAAAUCUUCAUCAACAGCAAAAAAAUCAAAUGAUGUAAUUGAUGAUAAUUAUUCAAUGCCACUGAUUGUUAAUGUUGAAGAAAAUGUUCGUAUUAAUAAUCAAAAUACUCAAAGUAAGAUUAAUUUUAUUUGA